AUGCCCAUCAACUAUCUAAUUCUCCUGUCCCGCCAGGGCAAAGUGCGCCUAGCCAAGUGGUUUACUACUCUCUCUCCCAAGGAGAAGGCCAAGAUCAUCAAGGAUGUGACCCAACUGGUUCUGUCGCGUCGCACGCGCAUGUGCAAUUUCCUCGAAUACAAAGACUCCAAGGUCGUCUAUCGUCGUUAUGCCUCUCUCUUCUUUAUCGCCGGAUGUUCCUCGACCGACAAUGAAUUGAUCAGCCUCGAGGUGGUCCACCGCUACGUCGAACAGAUGGAUAAAUACUACGGGAAUGUGUGUGAGCUGGAUAUCAUUUUCAAUUUCCAAAAGGCGUACUUCAUCCUGGACGAGCUGUUACUGGCCGGAGAAAUGCAAGAAAGUAGCAAAAAGAAUGUGCUCCGCUGCAUCAGUCAACAAGACAGCCUGGAAGACAUGGAGGUGCAACAGCGUGAGGUCAGUGGGAAAAGGCAACGAGAAUCCCCUUCAUUCUACCACCAGCAAUCCCUCUGUCUAUCUUUGUGUGGUGCCUCUCGCGCUACCUACACCGCUGUUCCGACUGCUUGCGGUUACCUCCGAUCGGCAACCACCUCCGUCUCCGGCGCGACCAUCCGCGUUAUCUCUCCCAUCACCCCAGUCAACUCUGAAUCGCCUGCGCUAGUCAUAUUUCUCCCCCUGCCAGAGUUUGAGGAUGUCACGGGUUCUUUGAACUUUGAUACAGCCGAUUGCCAUAUUGUUGGUGCAUGCGAUCUGUACACCACCAAGGCUGCCCGAUCCGACCGGAAACUGUACAACCACAUCGAACAGUCUCUGGAAGCCCAAUAUGAAUCAAUUCUCCGCUUAUCCGCCUCCUUAUCUCCUCCCAAUGCCCACGAUGCCGCCGAAGCCUUGAAUCUGUCGCGAUCCAGCCCCUUCGGCCCCCUGAGCGAGCACUCCAGCCGUCGGACAUUUGCCUAUCUGAUCGCGACCCUCAAUGCCAGUCAUCCUGACUAUGAUUUCUCUAAUGUGCUGCGCCCGACCGAUUUCCGCCGCGAGCGUCAUCUUAAGCGGGUCAUGAACACCGUCAACUCCACCCUUUACAACCUGCGACCGCGUGAGUCAAUCGACCUUUCUCCAUCAUCUCCGGCGACCCUCUCCGGAUCAUACAAUUCUGGAUAUGCCUGGGGCCCGCGGAUGUGGAGAAUUAUGGAUGAGCAUAUGUCCUUGAAAGAGUGCUCGGUAUACUCGUAUUCACCUGAUGAGGACGCAUCCGACUCCGAUGACGGGGCGAUUUGGAGUCUGCACUACUUCUUCUUCAAUCCGCUGCGCAAGCGUGUCUGCUACAUUCAUUUGCGCGCAAUUCCAAUUCUCAGCCAUACGCCCCCCGAGGAGGGCGUUGCUACACCGACUGGCAAGCGCACGUUCGACGAUGGAUACCUUACACCCGAUCUAAGCUCCAGCAAGCGUACCCGCUACUGGCUUGGACCCCGUGCUGAGUCAUCGCUUCGUCACAGUGAGUCUGAUGAUGAUGAUUUGGACCACCCACCGCAGCCCUCGCAUCCGAUCUUGGAUGAGGAUGAUCACUACAUGCUCAGCGAUGAGGAGAUUCAAUCUCGCUCCGGUCAUAAGGGCAUGGUGCGUGCAAUGAGUGAGGAGAUGAUGGAUACGAUGGAAGUCUGA